AUGACCAGCUUAGACUUGUCUAUGCCCGACCUCAUUAAAGUCAGAAGUUCUUGGGCUGAUGUUAUCGCUCAAGGGCGCCAUAGUGAAGAUGACUUUAUCAAUAAUGCCUUCGCCAGUAUGCUUGCCAACAAUGCAGAGUUGAAGCAACUUUUCUCCAAAAAGGCAAUUUUGGAUGAACAAAAGUACUUGUUUAAGGAACUCCUCAAGUUUACCAUGACCUACUUACACGAUGAGGCAAUUUUGAACGAGUGUACUGAUGAGUUCAUCAAAGAAAACCCCAGUAUAGUCAAGUACGGUGUUGAGUACUUGGAGCCUAUGGGAGGCGAGAUGAUUAGCACCUUGCGCAAAACUUUAGGAAGCAGCUUCCACUCCGGAUUGGAGACCUUGUGGAUCAAAGUCUACGUUUACAUCGCCAACUGUAUCUUGCUGAACGAUGAAUCCGAUGUCAGCUCUGUUAUCAGCAACACUAAUAAGUCAACAGCUUCAGAAGAAGAGAUUCGUCCUUUGAACCUCAACAAGUCGCCAGCUCCCCUUGCUCCUGAAACUCCACAACAGGAGAUUUCUGGAAACACUAUCAAGAUCGACCUCGGUGGAAACGAGAAAUAUAAAGGUUUCCGUAGAUCGAUAACUGAAAGCCCAAAGGCACCAGUGCUGGUCAAGGUGCCUGCAAGUUUCAUUUCACCUCAGGAAAUCAAGGCCGUUGCUAAUGUGGCCAACAGAAGCAAUAGUUUGUCGCCUCAACCCUCUGAGAGCUCACUGUUUGACCCCAGACCACAAAGGCGUCGUCCAAGUAUGGAGGAGCCUAUUUUGACUCCCAGAUCAAGCAGAAGAAACUCAUCUGCUCAACUUCAAGAGUUGGGAUUGGACCUGGAAGUUAAGGAGUCAGCAAAUAUCCACCCAUAUGAUCCUCGCCGCAAAACCUCUCACAAGAGAACUCCUUCGGACUUGAGUUUGAACAUGCAUAUCCCACAACGUCUGGUUUCCACUAGUUCCAGCGAAUUACAAGUCAGCGAUUAUGACGACGAGUUUAAGUUGGAGGAUGAGAUUGACUUCAGCCUGACAAAGCAGAGAAGUCCGGUGUUUGACCACAACAGCUUUGGCAUCAAGGGUUUGGCCCCAAUUGCUGAGUCUGAACAUGAUGACGAGCGUUCUCAAUACUCUGACCGUUCUUCCAACUACGCUGACAACUCUGAGAAGGGCUCCGAAGACGGCUAUUCUUCUCGUACCUCCUCCUUGUCUUUGCAUAACCUGGACUACAAGUCUUCCAUCUCAUCUGGUUCUGGCCACUCUCCGGUUAUCGAUAAGGGACACAAGAGCACACAGAGUGACAUUUCCUUCAUGGCUCCUUUGAGCACUACCCAUGUUCACCACACCAACAUUUACGAGAACAGCCCAUACCAAAAUAGAUGCUUCUCCAGCUCUGUGCCUUCUCUUUCAUCAAGAGUUAGCUCCGGCCAGAGAGCUUCUUUGGGUUUCAUGAGAAGCAGCUUCAUUUUGAAGAAGGAAAUGCAAGACUUGGGGUACAAUAAUCCAGAAAAUGUGGUUGUCCAACCUCAGCUUCCGAUUGCUAGUCUCUCCAUGGCUAAUGUUAGCAUGACCAACAAGGGACACCACAGUCUGGCAUCUUUGGCAUUGCAAAGAACUCGUUCCAGUCUACAGAGUAAGAACAGAGAGUUGCCUCAGCUACCCGUUGGAGCCAAAUUCGAGAAGGAAUCAACCCCUACCCCAUCUGUGAUGUCGACGACCAGUUCCCAGAAGAAGAAGAGUUCAUUCCGUGGCAAGUUGCUGUCAUUCUUUGGUGGUUCUUCUUCCUCUUCUUCAUCUAAGCCAUUGAAGAUCUCUGCACCUAUCUCUGUGCCUCCACCGCCGGCUUCAAAAGCACACUCUUCCAAACCAGUCUCAGUCAAGGAAGAACCAAGACAAUCAUUCAGCAGAACCUCAACUCAAAAGAGUAACUUGGUCACCUCAAACUACACACGGAACUCCAACAGAGUUUCUUCACUUGAUUUGAGGUUGGGCACAAUGAAGUCCCCACAACCAGGUUACGCUGGAUCGAUCCACCUGAAGACAUCAGAUUCUGCUUCCAUCAGAACGCAAGGCACCUCAAAGACUGGCUUCUCGUUCUUUAAGAGCGAACCUAACGUCAAGUACCCCGAUGGCCAGGCCAAGAAGAUGAACAAAUACCACGUUCUGAAGGUCCCCUACAAAACUAUCUACGUCAAGGACUUGAUUCGUAAGUAA